GACAAGAGAGAUUGAGAGAGUGAGGGAGAGAGAGAGAGACAGUGCAAGUAAAACGUUAGCGAUAUGAAUUUCAUGGAAUUCGCCAAGUUUUGCGCGGUUUCGUUUAUCACCGCAUCCCACAACAUCCACUUGUCGCUGUGCACUGGAAGUUAGGUCAUUGGGCACGUGCUGUCGCCAAGCGAAAGCAUCGAUGCGCAGCUGAGCCCGCCCCAGAGCCUGAACUGUGACCCUGGCGCGUAGAAAUGAGAAAGUGUCCCUGCAAGAUGAAGCUGCGAUGUUAAGUUUCAUUUAAAGCGAAUCGCAGACAUCGUGCAUAUACAAUAAGAAUAGCAAUAACAAUACAAAUAAGAAUAGCAUAGUGCACAACUGUAACAACAACAACAACAACGUGAGCUGAGCUUAAGAUCUUGGGUAUAAAACGUGUGGGUCGCUUCGAUGUCAAUUCAAACGCUUAACGAGCUCAGAGCAGCACGCGACCGAUAAGACGAGCCCCUCAGUAACAUCAUCAUAUAAUAUAUAUUAUAAUCAACCAUAGAACAAUGCACGCCUGCAAAAUAAUGUUGUCUCUGCUGUUGACGCUGCUGUGCAGUCAGGGCCUGCUAGCGAGUUGUGUUUGCUCAGAGAAGGGUACCGAUUUCUGUCAGAGCUGCCAGGGACCGACAAUAGUGCGACCGAGGCCCCGCUACUAUGAGCCUGCCGAGGUGAACUUGCCGCCCAUUGGCGACAAUUGCUGGUGCAGCAAGCAGCUGAUCGAACCCGCCCAGCGGCCCAAGACCUGCGGCAAAAAGACACCAUGCAAACCCACCUGUGGCUGUCAGAAGAGCGGAGAUAUCAGCUACGGCAGCUCCAGCAGCAGCAGCUCUACUUAUGAUAACAUUGGCUAUGCGGCCGAGAAGCCGAAGGACGAUAGCGCACCUGCCGAUCCCAUUAGCGUCAGCCUGGCCGUUCAGGCAGGCAAGGCUAUCAAUGUACCCGAAGCGAAGCUGGCAUAUGGAUUCGCUCAAAAGCCCGUCGAUGGACAACAAAAAGUUUUCUUCUCCAACGUGCCCGAAGAAAAUCUGUUUAAGCUGAAGAGUGAUGUCAUCACUCUGAAGAAACGCAACUAUGUGGCCAAGGAGGAAGAGGAAGAGGAGUACAUCGAGGAAGAGGAUGAACAAGCCGCGGACAGUGACGAAUCGACGCCUCAAUUGACAUACAAGCAGCUUGGCUAUAUAACCGAACAAUUCAAGAAUCCCAAAUUCAAGAAAAUUAUCUCUGCCAAAUCCAGCUACAGCUCCAGCACUAACAGCGAUAGCUAUGGCAAGGUGGGUGGCAAAGUUUCUGUCGACUGUGGCUUCAAGCCCGGUCGCGUUGCCCCCUAUCGCAGUGCACGUCGCCAGGAGUUGGACAGCGGCAGCUACUAUUAGGUAGUAAUACCGCAAUGUGUAAAUAAUUGUAUAUGAAUAG